GAGCCUGCAGCAGGAUGACGGAGAGCGGGGAGUGUGCCUUGCCUCACGGCUGCGGGCAGAGAUGGCGUCCUGAUGCCGGUGAAUAAGCAGAAAAACAGAGCAGAGGGAGGGGAGAAGGAUGCGGCCAGUUGGAGAUGAAGAGCUGCAUCAUUUAGAGCAUCGCAUGGCAGAAGAUGACUUUCUCUGGUGAUGAUGUCAACGCUUUUAGGACAUUUACGGAUGUUUAUUUAAUGCUAUUAUUUAUUUAUUUUUUGGAUGAGAUUUGAAGCAGCGCUGUGAUUUCCUCUGAGGGGAGGCGGUGGGGGUUUGUUGUCUACCUCAGCUGUUUCUCCCUCCGGCGGGGCUCUCUGCUCAGCCGACGCAGGGAGGAGAGGGCAGAGGGAGGGACAGGGGAGCGAUGGCUGCCGGUGGAGCAGGAUGCGGAGACACGGUGGAACAGUGCCGGGCCGAGGUGGAGCGCCUGACCCGGGAGCUGGCGGAGGCCAACCGCGAGAAGAUCCGGGCGGCGGAGUGCGGGCUGGUGGUUCUGGAGGAGAACCAGAGCCUGAAACAGCAGUACGCCGACCUGGAGGCCGAGCAGGAAACGUUGAGGCUGGAGCUGGAGCAGCUGCAGGAGGUGGGCACGGCAGCGGCAUUUGGCCAGGCCUACUCCAUCCAGCGUAAGGUGGCAGAAGAUGGGGAGACCAACGAGGAAACGCUGCUGCAGGAGUCUGCUUCCAAAGAGGCCUACUACAUGGGCCGCCUACUGGAGCUCCAGUCAGCACUGAAGCACAGCCGGGCCACCGCCUCCAGUGCUCAGGCUGACAGUGAACAUUUGAGCACACUGCUGCAGGAGCUGAGGGAGCAGAGUAACGAGAUGUUGGAGCUGCAGCGAAGCCGGAUGCGAGAGGAGGUCAGAGAGUACAAGUUUCGAGAGACGCGGCUGCUCCAGGACUACACUGAGCUGGAGGAGGAGAACAUCUCACUUCAGAAACUGGUGUCGACUCUCAAACAGAAUCAGGUGGAAUAUGAAGGCCUGAAGCAUGAGAUUAAGGUCCUGGAGGAGGAGACAGAGCUCCUCAACAGCCAGUUACAGGAUGCGCUGCGUUUGAAGGACAUCUCAGACACCCAGCUGGAGGAGGCGCUUGAGUCGCUGAAGAGCGAGCGUGAACAGAAGAACCACCUGCGCAGGGAGCUGGUCCACCACCUCAGCAUGUGUGAUGUGGCCUACACAGGCAGUGCCCACCUGACAUUCACCUCCGCCCCACCCAGCGGCACCGCCACCCCCACAACUCUGCUUUCUCCACAGACAGAUGAGCCAAUGAGGUGUAACGGCCACCUCCAGGGUGGGACAGGAGCAGGGACAGCUGCAGGGUCGGGGCCCAGAGCUAACGGAGAGUGCCGAGGGCCGGGCCGGAAAGCUGAAGGGGCGGCAACAGCGGACCUUUUCAAUGAGAUGAACAUGACAGAAAUCCAGAAGCUCAAGCAGCAGCUGAUGACGGUUGAACGUGAGAAGGUCUCACUAAUGACCAGUCUGCAGGAGUCUCAGACGCAGCUCCAGCACACCCAAGGGGCCUUGAAUGAGCAGCAUGAAAAAGUCCUUCGCCUUAGCCGGAGAGUCACCACCCUCCGCCGCCUGCAUCGAAGGGCCCGCCUCAACCAGGAAGUCAAUGUCAGUGCCACUUCUCAGCUCAAUGCUGAGGCUGUGAUGGAGCUGGACAAGGAUGAUGAUGAGGCUGAAGAUGAAGGAGAUACUGAUGAGGAUAAAAGUGAGACAAUGAACAAAAGUCAGGUAUUUUCAUACCAGACGCCAGGUCUGGAGAUCCUGCAAUGUAAGUACCGUGUGGCUGUGACAGAGGUGGUGGAGCUCAAAGCGGAGGUGAAAGUCCUCCGUGACAGACUGGCUCAGUGUGUAGAGGGAGCAGCGGAGGAGAGGCCAAGGCGAGGUGGUCAGCUCCAGAAACUGGAGAGACAGGUGGCCUCACUGGAGAAGAGCUGCCGGGAGGGACGGGAGAAGAUUUCCAGCCUGGAGUUGGAGUUGCAGGCUGCUCAGUUAGCAGCCAAUGAGAGCCAGGGUGCGUUGACUGCAGCUCAGGAUGAGUUGGUGACGCUGAGCGAGGAGCUUGCCCAGCUCUACCACCACGUCUGCCUGUGCAACAAUGAGACACCCAACCGUGUCAUGCUGGACUACUACAGACAAGGCAGAGGGCUUCGAGGCCUCAGUGCCAGUCUUAAAGCCAUGUCUGCGGACAACAGCAAAGUUCUCCUCACACCACGCCUCGCCAGGCGGCUGGCCGCUGUCGCUUCGACAACCUUAACUCCUUCAGAGUCACGGAGCCCCUCACAGUCUCCAUCCAAGGAGCCCCUAUCUGGGGAGGAGAGAAGAGAGGAGAAGGAGGGGGACAAGGAGGGCCUCCAAGUGCCCUCUGAGCAGAGCCUGCCGCCCUGCACGCCUCCGACCCGCUCACCCAGCAUCAGUGCCUCUUCAUCAUCAUCAUCAUCAUCAUCGCCUGCCCUGGAGCCAGCUGGUGAGCUACGCAGGGAGCCCAUGAAUAUCUACAACCUCAACGCUAUCAUCAGAGACCAGGUGAAGCACCUCCAGCGGGCAGUAGACAGGUCUCUGCAGCUGUCUAGACAGAGAGCUGCAGCCAGGGAACUGGCCCCUCUGCUGGACAAGGACAAAGAUGGCUGCAUGGAGGAGAUCCUGAAGCUCAAGUCUCUGCUCAGCACCAAGAGAGAGCAGAUAGCCACCCUCAGACUGGUGCUCAAGGCUAAUAAACAGACGGCAGAGGGGGCUCUGGCUAACCUGAAGAGUAAGUAUGAGGCGGAAAAGACCAUGGUCACUGACACCAUGAUGAAGCUGAGGAACGAGCUGAAGGCCCUGAAGGAAGAUGCAGCCACUUUCUCCUCUGUGCGGGCCAUGUUUGCCACCAGGUGUGACGAGUAUGUGACCCAGCUGGAUGAGAUGCAGAGGCAGCUGGCUGCGGCCGAAGAUGAGAAGAAGACUCUGAACUCCCUCCUGCGUAUGGCCAUCCAGCAGAAGCUGGCCCUCACCCAGCGCCUGGAAGAUUUGGCCUUCGAUCAAGAGCAGACCCACCGUACCCGUGGGGGCAGGCUAAACCGCGCGAAGACCAGCACCCCCAAAGUAAGUCAGCCGGCCUCAGCUUCGGCCUCCAACCUAGCCCAAGGCUCCACUUCAGCUUUGGCCCCUGUCAGCCUCCCUCUUUCUGGCCUUCCUAGUCUUUCGUCAGUUCUUUCUGAUGAUCCCACUGUGCCCCUUAGCCCAUCUUUGGUUAGUGCAGCUGCUGCAGCUCUGGCUUCAGCUCUCACCUCCCCUACGUCACACAUACCCCCUCGCAGUCCGUCAUCACCAGCCUCAUUGGCUUGCCCUCCGGCGCCAGAGAGCCCCCCAUGUCUGGAGGCCCCCUCCUCUCCCAUGACGCGGACCCCACCCACAACCCCUGUGACCCAGUGGACCCUGGGGGUGCGGACGUUUGUGGUUGACUCCCACAGUUUCAGUGUCAACAUCUCCCCCGCUCUUCCCCGUAGCUCGGGCCUCUCUAGGCACUGCACCCCCGACACUCAUACCUCUCCCCCAUCCACCACAACCACCACCACCACCAGGCCCACCCAACCAGGAUCUGCCCCCUCCUCUCCCUACCGCUCUCCUAUUUUGGGGCUCAGACGCUCCACAUGGAGCCCCUCACCCCGAACUCGGCCCUUGUCUAGCUUGUCACGCUCCUCUGUCCUCUACACUCCUUCCUCAUCCUCCCCUUACUCUUCCUCCCACUCCCCUUCUCUCUCCCACAACUAUUCCUCUGCCUACUACAGUUCCUCUCCUGCUUUUACCCCAUCUAGCUCCUACCUGACCUCUGGUACCUCUGCCUCCUACAGCCACUCCUCCAACUACUCGCCCCUUUACCCCAGAUACUACAGUUCUUACCGGCCCCGGCACUGACCCCUUGCUAUGAAUCCUUUACUCGAAGCCUUUUGAAGGCUUCUCCACCAGGCUCCUUAUUGACAUUGAAACUGCAACUCCCAUCAUCCUUCUCUUUUGGUCACCUGAGAGAGUGGGGGCUCACAGAGAGGAGGACAGAGUGGUUUCCUGUUUCCCAGUUCCUGUUUUCUUGUGCCUAAGCUUUGGCCAAUAGGUUCUGAAUGUUCAAUGACUUUGCUCAGGGAUUUGACUUAAGGAGCACAAGGGGCCCAACCUUCCUUUUAUUCUGAGUCUGCUGACUGGUCCACAGAAGGACGUUAAUAGAGACUUUUUAAUGAGAGUUUUUAGCAUUUAGGUUCUUCAGGUUGAGACCACAUGUGCAUGAAGUGAUUAAAACACAGAGACAUUUGGACAUUGGCUGGACAUUUGGCGGACACUUUCAUAGGUUUGAAUGAGGGCCAUGACACAUUUAAUACUGUCCUCUAUAUUCAAUAUAAUAUCCACUCUGUUUUAAGUGGUUAUCUCAUAUACUGUAUACACAACACUGUAAAUCACGUCUUUCAGUGCAAGCGUUCCCCUUUGUUGAUGAGGUACUUGGAUGUCUAAGGGUUCAGUAUGAUUCAAACAAAGAAGGUUGUUAGUAUCGUUCGCACUUGUCUGAAGGUCUCUUGUCCUAGAGUAGUUCUGGGCGGAGUGAUUCUUUUCACAUUAUCGGAUUCUUCGAGUUGAUACGCGUAAAUGUAUCCAACCUGUCAAGCAUUUUGAGUUUUUAAAAACUUUUGCAAUAUGUGGUCUCAGCUUCUCUGUGACACUCCCGAUACGCCAUUCACAUGCCAUUCAAUAGCUAGUGCUGCCCACCUCACAAACUUUUCUUGAAUACAAUACCAGUAGGAACGUCGAUGGUUAACUAUUGAUUGGUUUAAUGCAGAGACUAUUUGUGACCUUUUUCACAUGUUGAUCUUUAGGUUAAUUUUAUUACUCUUCAGUAUAAUGGACUGCGCACUACCUGGGUCUGGUGGGAGACAGACAGCCAGCUAGCUGCAUUAACGUAAGGAAACUGCCCACCCUCCAUGGUCUGCUGGUAAGCUAGCCUUGGUUGCUUUGCACUGCGCACCAGCUGGGUGAGGUAAGGGCUAGCAAGCGGCAGUGCUCAUUUCGCGAUUACCGCUAGUAACUCCAUCCCAACUCAAUGGCCUCGCUGUAGAAACACUGUGCUCACCCUUAGUUCUCCCCCCAGGUUGCCCCAGUGAGGAAGCGACUCACUUGAGGUUGGUGUGCAGUGCAGUGCAGAGAAGCCAAAGCUUACGUUUGCUAAACAGUGGAGACUGAAGGGUGGGCAGUAGGCACUAUGUUUCUGCAUUUUAGCACUGUUAGCUAGCUGUCUUUCAGCAAAACCAACAUAAAAUAAAAUAAAGGCAAAACAUUUACAUCACAAAACAUUCAAUUUCACCACCUCUAAUGGAUAGCAUUUUGAAAUGUGGUGCUAAAGCUCACUAAGUCAGUGGAGUGCCAGACUAAAAGGAAAGGCCCCUUAUAUUUCAUGCCAUCUUGCAUUAUGUUUCUGAAAAAUGUGCUGCUUAGUUACUGGUUCAUGGGUGAGGGCUAUCGAAAAGCAUUACUAGUCAUCAUGCUCAAGUUUACAUCAGUAACAAUGACAUUUUUAUUUCAACGCAUUAAACGCUCUGAGCAAUAAAAUACAACACUCUUUCUUUGUAGCAUCCAUGUUGUUUCCACUUACAACUUAAAACUAGUGAACACACCGAAGUUGGAGGACAACCAUGCAAGGAGCAUGUGAAUGUACCACUGGCGCAAGUCUCGACUCGAGUCCGGUUCAAUCAGUCCUCGCUCUCUCAUUCAGUGCCGUUGCUGCAUUACCUUUCAACACAUUACAGAUUCAUGAGCACUUGGUACAUACUGGACACUAAAAAGAGUUAGAGUUUUGUUUAUUUAUUUCUGCCCAUCACUAUGCUGGGGAGGGAGGAUAGGAUGAUCUGUCCUCAAAGGCAUUUGUACACCACAGUGCAGUAACUGUGUGAAGAAUAAUGAGAGCCUGUCAUCCUUCACACCUAUGCACACCUGGCCAAUGGCUGUGACCAAGUCGUCCUCUUUGUUAGAUUGUUGUGUUUGAAAAAGUUAGGACAUUUUUCUAAUGCAGCCUCUUAAAUUCCAAUGUCGGAAGGGUGUGAGAGCAGGGUGCGCUGUUUGGUCAUUUAACAAGAAAUUUGUUUGAAGCAUACUGAGUCCUUUAGUUUUUCACCUUUGAUCUCACCUUAUAAUAUUUCUCGCACACACACUUGUAUGAUGGGACAGUUGCGGAUGAGGUGUGAUGGAGAAGUUAUUAGUACACAGAGUAUAUUUUCUGUCACGGGUGCACGUCAGUGAGUAUUCUUCAUUUCUUGUCCGGGGUUGUUGCCAUGAUCAGCUCAGCCCUCAGCAAUUGUCCAUUUCUAGCACCACCCAGUGGUUUGUUCUUAUAUAGCCAUGUACCACGCUAUGCAUGUUCACGUUUGGAUGCUCUUAUACUGUACAUUUCCUCCCCCUUCCAUAUGAAGACUUGAUCUAAACGAGGUGCAGGUUGCAUGGAAGGGUUGAGGCACUGAAUAACUCAUGAGAGGGAGGAAAGAUAGCUCUCAAAUAUGGCAUAUGACCAGUGUAAGAUCAGCUGAAUAUCAUAGUCUAGUCAUUGUACGAGGAAGAAAUAUGACUUUAAGUUAGCUCUGGGGUGUGUAUCAUUAGUCUGUACUUUCCUUCUCCUCAUUUCUUAUUUGAACUUUCUGCAGUAUAUCAAGUAUUAAAAAGCACUGCUAGAGUAACUAUGGAAUUACAAAACAACAAAGGAAAUUCCUCCCACACAGCAUCCAUUACUUAGAGCUGACCUGCCUUAUAGCAAGUUGCAAAAGCCCUCCAGCUACACCGGUUAGGAUAUAUGAUAUGAUUUUUUUUUUUGAAGAAGGGUAUAACAAUGUGUAAUUUUCCUUUUUAUGCCUUUGCACCAGUGCCAGCCAUGGCUGGAGGCACUAUGUUUUCAGGUUGUCUGCUUUGUGGAAAUUCUUCAAAUUUGGCACAAACGUGUACUUGGGCCCAUCAAUUAACUGAUUAGAUUUCGGUGGGCAUAGGUCAAAAGUCAAAGUCACUGUGACCUCGUUUGUCUCAUUCUUGCAAAAGCAAUAGCUCAAGAACACCUUGAGGGAAUUUCUUUACAUUUGGCACAAACAGCCAAUUUGAGUCAAGAAAGAACUGAUUAGUAUUUGGCGGUCUAAGGUCACUGUGACCUUGUCCAUUGCAUUCUUGUGAAUGCAGUAUCUCAAGAACAUCUUGAGGGAACUCUUGUAAAUUGGCACAAACAUCCAAUUGGACACAACAAUAAACUGAUUAGAAUUUGGUGGUCAGAGGUCAAAGUUACUGUGACCUUUUGUUCAUCUCAUUCUCUUAACAGGGUAUCUAAGGAAACCUUGAGGGAAUUUUGUCAAAUGUGGCACAGUCUUCAGACAGGGAUGUAAACUGCAUGUGCAACUUUAUUGGUUAGCCGAGGCAUGCAACCCCGAGGCAGUAAUUCUGAUUUGGUUCUGUACCACAUUGACCAGGUUAUCAAGAAGCCCGAUUUCCAUGCAACACAAGAUCUGAAGCCUUUUGCAAAUCAGCCUCUUUUUUUUUUGCUUUGCUCAUUUUCAGACCCUAAAACCGACUGAAGUCUCUUACUGUUACUUUUUUUUAGCUUACUAAAGACGAUCACUAUAGAGAAACACUGACAUAUUGGGGUGAGUAAAAUCAGUUAAAAGAUUAGUCUGUGUAUAUUUCUCUCAAAACAAAUAAUAAUCCAGCAAUUGUGAGUAAAUAUUUGCUGAAAUUAGGGAAUUUACUCAACAAACAUUAUUCAAAAAAGUACUACCACAUGACAGCAUGACUUAGUAUCUUUGUAUCCACACAUUGGAAGAGAAGGUGAUUCAAGACUAUUGUGACUCACAGUCAUAGCUGACUUCAGAGUUAUACUAGUAAACUCACAAUGUACAAAAAGUCCUACAACCCAUAUGACACAUAGGUCAUUUGUUCGUACCAUCUAACAUGACUCACAGCAUUGUUACCUUAGCGCCCCCAAAAGGCUAGUUUGGGUUUUGUUGAUUAGCCAGAACUCCAUAGGAGAACUCAGAGUCCAUAUCUAUUGGCCAGUGUAACAAAACCCACCAAGAGUCCCUGAACCCAAACCCUAACCAUAACCUAACUGUCCAGGAGAAGUGUUAUCAUGUUAUGUACUUAAUGUCACAUUGUCACUUUAUAGGUUAAGUACUUAACUUGACAUUAUGUAUGUACAUAACUUAAAAUCACUCGAUGACCUUCGGUUUCAUCCAGAAUACGAAUAGCAGUCUCUUGGGUACACCCAGAUUUACCCCUGCGAGGACUUUAUUGCUCUUUAUGCUAUAUCACCUAACUUCCUCCUUUGCUUCCGUCAUAAUUGCUUUGUCUACUAGAGAUCACGACCUAGACUUAAUGUAAAUAUGGGUCGUAAUAAUCUGCUUGUGCAAGUGACCUAUGGUGUCAUUUUUGGGGCAGAGGACAGUCUCUAAUGUAGCACCUUCUUGUGCCUCUGAGACCAUCUACGGAGGUUCGUCCAGUGACACAGAAUGAAUGUAUUCAGAUUAUGUUACGGUUUGUUCACGGCACUGCACCAAACUCAGGGAGCGUGACGCACCUCACUCAGCCUGCAAUGAGUCAACAAACAAACCAGAAUGACUAUUAACAUCAUCAUAUUUUUUUGACUGAGAGAGAUCUCUCAAACUAGAAGGUUAGAAUUCAUUACUGGUUAAGUUCACAGAGUUAAGUUAAGAUCUGUUGGAUCAGUGUGUCCAGUACAGAGAUAGUUGUGGGCUUUGUGUAUCCUGUUUGUCCAACUUGGUAGUGGUCCAUGGUGUUCCAUGGAAACAGUGAAAUGUCGUGAAAACCAGUCCAAGCAAUUUUUAACUCAUUUUAAUUUGCUGAAUUAGAGUCAGUAUUGGAUUUAAUUUAGAUGCAACCGCCAGUGAUGGUGGCUUGCAGCCAUUUUGCCACCAGUUUGUUUACACUUUAUUCCCAGUGGCAAAUACUGUAGCUGCCAGAAAUUCCUGAUAUCUUUGACUUUGUGAAUUAGACCUAGAAGGCUGUUGUCGCAGUCUUUCCCACUCUGCUGCCCCUAACAUAAGGAGUAGGAACUUACAACUGACAACAAAACUUCUGUGAACUGUUAUGUUUACCCAUCAUAUGUGGUUAGCAAGCAAGCUAGUCACCAACACACCUCUGUACUGGAUUCACAACUGAUGUUGAUUCCUGUUUGACCUGAGUUGAUAAACAAUAUUUUUUUCAAACAUGUUUUUUUUCUACUUUUAACUGUAGGCUAACAUCACAUGUGAGGUAUAUGAGUUCAGCACACAUGAUACCGUAUUCCCUGUGUCUGUGUGUGCCUUACAAAACCUAUUAUACAACACCUACACAGCGUAGCCUAAUAACAAAUGCCUGUCUGGAAACCAAACCCUUUUUCAAUGUGCUUCCUUUAUUUUUCAUUUCCAAACCUCCACCUCAGGCUAAAAUGCUGGUUUUGUGUGUAUUUGUUUUUGGCUUGGAUUGCUUUCAGUGAGGUGGGAUAGUGACUCAGCAAAGUCUGAUAAUACUUGUAAUUGUCAGUAGAUGUUUUUUUGUCUGGGUGCUGUCCAGUAUACAGACUUGGCAAAGACUUGCCCACAUCCCCUUCAACUUCUUUCCAAUGUACCUUCAUUUUUUCCCCUAUGUAUCACUGGAAUCUCUGAUCAUCACUUUUCCUCUUUCUCUCCUUAUUUAUUGAUUCAAACUAUCACUGUUGUCUGGUGACUAUUGAUUCUUGUCUAACACUGUAAAUGGAUGCACCUUUUGCCUACAAUACACACGAUUUUUAAUAUGCAACAUGGGGCAAAAACUCAUUUGACAGGCACCUUUAUUUUCCAGAUUUCUGAUUGGCUCCUUUGAAAAUUGUAUUUGCCAUAAUAGGCAAACAGCUUGCCUUUUUUCUACCUCAAAUCAUCAAAGCUCUACAUCUGAGAUCAGAAAUUUAAUGAGCAAAUGGCAUAUGAACAGGAGUCCUCUUUACAUUUUCUGUAUACUACUGCUUGGUCAAUGAUUUCUUAAUAUAUGACCACAACAUGUUUUGGACUCACAAUGUUGGGCUGGAUGGUCAUUUACAUCUUUCCCUAAUCUUUACUGCUCUCAAGCCGAUCUGUUUUUUUUUUUUAAGCCUGACCUUGAUGUGUAAUUUGAAACUGAUAGUCAGCAGGAAAUGGACAUUAGUUCCGUUACGGGACCACACCGGUGUUUUACGUGUUUAAAAAAUCUGGCAAAGAUCACAUGCUUUACUGCUGACCAUUUUCUAAAGAAUGCUGUUUGGUUUCUGUUUUUCUUUACUCUUGGCUGCUGGUUUCCAUUUACUUCACAUGGUGUGAACAUUUGCAGUGCUGUUGGUUGCAGUGUUCAGUGCUACCACUAAUGGCUGGAGACCUUUCUCAAUGUAGUAAAUGCACUCACAUAAUGUAGUUUGUUGAGUGUUGUGCAAGUGCAUUGCGGUGAGUUGACUGUAAAAUCUGUCGAGUUAAUUCUACUUUAAAAAUUUAUAGGAAACUGACUGCCUUGAAGAAGAAAAGUAAUUGUAACUUGUAGUCUUAAGUUAUGUUUACUUUAUAUGUCAUUGUUAGGUUUACUGAAAUUUUAGCUGUAUUUACUCAUUGCUGGGAAGUUGUUUGUGCAUCUCAAAAAUUAAUUGGGUGGAAAUUAACUUGUUCUUUCAAAGUGUUAGCAACUUAAGUAAACCAAGUUAGUUAGACUUAACUAAACAGUUGUUUAAACUUGGUAGAAUUAAGGACACUGAUUGAGUUAGAUAAAUGAAGUAAGUACAGCAAGGAAGGAUUAGUUUUUAGGAUUAUGUUUUAUUUUAAGGCCAAGCUGCACAUCUUAAGGCAGGGCCAGAGUUUGUUGUUGGACUAAAUCUUUCCCACUGACUCAUGAUUUCAGCAGGACAGUGUGGCACUAUUUUGUCACAGACACCAAUAUUCAAUCAAUCUUAAGCCAACUUGCAAGCUAAAUGAAAUAUAUAAUCUAAGUAUGUAUAUUAUAUUGAACUGUUCUAAACAAAAAAACUUUAGGUGUUUAUAUUCUGCUAUUUGCAAACCAUCAAUAAUAUUUACAUAUUCUAAAAAUGUUAACAAAGCAGACCUUGCAGAUGUCCAAACUCCACCACAUGCAAAAUAUUUUUUGUCGUGACACAAAACACAUUCAAUUGUUCACUUAAGCCAAACCAACUUGAUUUACUAAAGUUGCUAACACUUAGAAAGAACAAGUUACUUUCACUUUUUAUUUUUAAGCUACAACAACUUUACAAAAUUAAGUUAAAUAUAGCUAAAUUUGAAGUAAACAAGCAUUUAGAUAUUAAGUUAACAUAGCUUAAGACUAACAGUUAUAUUUACUUACCUUUAUCAGGGCAAUCAGUUUCCUACAUUCUUUUAAUCAACUUGUCAGAUUUUACAGUGUUUGUAUUUCCAACAUUCUACAAAUGUUUACAAAUGUUAGUAGCUGCUCAAUGACUUAAAUGACAGUGAUAAAAGAGACAGUAAUGAAGAACAUCAUGUCAGCAUUCAUUGCUGACAGUUACAUUGUUACUGCGUGGCAGAGUUGAUUGUAACACAGUAGUGAAAUGAAAAAUAAUGGCCGCUUGGGAAGUAGGAAAAACAUUCUCAAAUUUUAAACACCACAGUGCAAUUUUGAAAGUUGUCAGCAGUGAUGUUGAUCAGUUUAUGGUGAAAAUUAGCUAAAUCACCAGUACGGUCCCUUAACGAACACUAAUAACACACCCUCAACCACGUGGAAUUGGUGGAAUCUGUUGUCAUUUUACAUCUCAAAUGGACAUCCAAUGUUUUAUUAGCUGAGGCAAAACUGAGGUGAUUCAUGGGUGGACUCAAAUUGAAGGCAUGUUAGCAUCUUCUGUGGGUGUAACCUGUAUUUUGGCUGAGGUAAAAGAAGGAAACCAUUGUGAUCUCCUCUCUGUGAUUCCCUUGCUCUGUCUAAACGGACAAACAAAAACACUGACGCACAUAUCUCCCAGAUUUCCGCUAAAAUACCAACUUUUGAUCAAGUGAAAAUUUAACCUUUGAAAGACAAAUUAAAGUCUGUCAAAUGUUGUUAUCUGCCCCAUGGUACACUGACUGGAAAACCAAUUGUGCAGUUUCAUUUAUAUACUGUUACAGAGUGAUCUCUGUGGGCUUUCUCUCAGAUGGCAGCCAAAGGAAGAGAUUUCAUGCAACAUACACAUGAUAGCUUUGCCAGCCUGGCUGCAGUUUGAUUGGUGUACUAACAUUAGCAGCCAUCUCUGGAGUGAAUAAUACAGCUAAAAGUAGGUAUAAAAGAAAAGUUAAGUACGGUUGGAGAGAACUGUCAUAAUGUUAAAGGUAUUUGUUCAGUCUCCUUGAUAUACUUCCCCUUAUAUUAUUUUGGUGACAGUAUUAAGUUCACAGAUUCUUUGAUUGUUUUCCCAAAAAUGUUCCAAUAUUGCUUUGAAGCAAGUAGCCCUUAUUUUUUGGUGAACAUACUGACUUUAUAACAGUCAAAUGGCAGGAGCUUUUUCCAAACAGACAUUUCAUCAAGCAGCAGAGCUGGUCUUAUUGAACUGGGUUCAACCUUAGUGAUGCUGAACCAGAAACAGGGGCCGGUUGUACCAACAGGGCUUACUCCUGGUCUUAAGCCAAGCUGGUUGUUACCUUGGCAUUUUAAGUCCAACCUAAUCUUACACCUCGUCAGGAACAGGUGUAAAGUCAAAAUUUCAGCUGUGUCUACAUAUCAGCAGCCUGAUGCAGGCUGUAACACAAGAGCCACAAACUUUGAAAAACAACUCAGAUUAGCUCUCCUGCUAAAGUCUCCUUUAUACGGCUAACUUGAUUUGAAUAACAGGUGAAAGUCAGAGGUAUAAGUAAGGGUCUAACUUAAACACAUGGCAUAUUCCCCCUCCUUAGUUUGUGACCGUAUUUUGGAAGAGCUCUAGGAUAAUUUUUUUUAUAGGGCAGCUAUACUAACUAGAUAAACAAGAAACCUUUGUACAUCAAGAUUGCAGGAGCCACACAGGGAAUCAAAUGGGUUCAGAUUACCUCAUGUAUGUGGUCCUCCUCAAGGUUGGUCUGUCAGUGGAAGAAACUGAAGCGGUCAUUGCUCACAAAGUACCAUAUAUUUCCAAGCUUGGCAUCAGUGGAGUGAAAAUACAUCUUAUUUGUAACAAUGUGAUUUGUAGCCAUUAGGAUUGAAGAUAAAAUGAUAAAUAAGACCAAAAAACACUAAAAUUCCUUAAAAUGCAAAAUCCAAGUGCAGGUAAAUGCCUAGAUUGUUCGCACCAUUGUCAGUGGUUCUCCUCAGCAGGGUUAGGGUAAGUAUGGAGUAAGAAUGUCUCUCCUGACUUCUGUUGUAGAUGUAAGAAAACCCCAGUCAUAGUCACACAUAACACACAUGACUAAAUGUCUAGCCCUAUAACAUAAUGUAACCUUGCUCAGCAGUACAGAAUGUAUAUAACAGUGUCUAGACCAGAUAUUUAUGUCCAUUUCUGAAAGAGAAGUAACUAAACCCAACUUGCACCUGACACGCAUGCUGGGUUUUAUGUCCAAACUGGACUCAAGGCCAGUGAAGUUAAGGUAACGUUACUGAAGCUGUUGUUGUUGCGGUUACCAUGGCUAAAGCUUGCCUGUAUACUGUGAUUACCCAAGUGACACCUUGAAAGUAGCCAGCAACUACACCGAGCUUUGGGUAGCAUUGUCAAAUUUUGUUAGCUAGCUCACAUAAAUAUUUUUCAACUGAAAUAGCCUAUUUGUCGCAUUCAGGUGUUGUCACUUGAAUAACAUGAUUUGUAAAUAUUUGUCAGAGCCCAGCAUGACACCUCGGUCCUGUUGGGUCCCAUUGGGUCCAUUUGAGUAUCCACAAUAGUCUAGACAAGGAUUAACUUUUUCAGAUACAUAUGUAAAAUCAUUGUUCGCAGAUGUCUUUUGGACAGCAGAGAUUCAGUCUUAAAAGUUGGAAAGACAUUAUCCUUCAAAGGAGAGAUAUUUACAGUAUACAGAGAGUCCAGGUGGAUAUCAUGGGUAAGGGAGAAACCAGCAGUCAUGCUGUGUUGCAAAACCUUAAUGGAAGCUGUAGUUGUUUGAAUACUAGCAAAUUACCUGUCGGUUAACUUUAUUAAAACCAUGAAGGGUUUGAAUGGUAAAAGCAAUAGAGUGCUGUAUGUAUUGGAGAAUAUGCGUACUUAACCUUUCAAAACAUGAUUCAUGCUUUCAAAACCUAUGAAAAAUCCUAGUGUAAAAUAUACACUGUAGCUUUUAUUGAAAUCAGGAAGCUGCCAUGUUUGAACUGGAAUUGUUGAAUACACCCUGAUGACUUUAAUGGACCAAUGAUGAGGAGCCCCACCUACCUAAGGGAAAUAAAUCUAUUUGGGUUUCUCUGCGAGACUAACAUCUCAUAGACUGUAGGUUCCUUCUUUUUGCCUUGUGUCUUUCUUGAACUUCAAUCGAAUCCGGCUAUAGCCAGAGAAAGUGGCUUUGAGGCUCUAUCCUAACAUUUAAAAUCAAAUAAUUUUCAAGAAAUGUCUGUCUGGCUAAAACUCCAGUCUCCUGUCUCUCAGUUUUACUUGAUUGUAACUCAAACCUUCCUUGGUCAUGCUGAGAGUUAGCGUACUGUAAGCAGCACCUCUGAGCUAACAUCCUGCUCUUCAAACAUCCAGACUGUUAAACGCCAUACCACUAAAUGUGUCCGAUGCCUGUUUGCUUUCUGAUAUGCACGUGUACAUACCGAGUAUUUUAAAGCUUUAACUGUACAGUGUUAUGUUAAUAUAUACUGUAAAUAUCUAUAUAUUAAUGCUGUGUGUGUCUUAUUUUGUUAUUGGGUGACUGAUCAUCAUUCUCCUCCAUUAUUUUACACUUCGAAUAUUUAAUUCUAUAAUAUCCAUUUAUAGUUAUAUGUUCAAGCAGUACACUUACAAGUACCAAUAUAGCCCUUCAACAGAACAGACUUUCAAAAAAAAAACAAGGAAAAAUAACUGCUAAAUCCAUCCUGACCUUAACCUCACUGAUGUGUGGGUAAGUGUGAAGUCCUUGACCUUUUCCCCUCUGGACAAGCUUUUAUUAUCUUCUAUGAUUAUUAUGAAAUAUUUACAGUGUCUGUCUGUGCUGUGUGUCUGUCUAACAGUGUCAGUCUCUUCCAGAUCGUCAGUAGCCUUCUGCCACAGUGCCGCUCCUCCUUCCCUCCUCACAGCUGAGGGUUGGAGUCUCUUCAGCUCCUUUCACACACAGCAGUGCGUCGACCCUCAUGGAUCACUGACCUUCAGUCCACCCACCACGAGUGCCUCGUGUCAGGCUUCCUCAGUCGUCUCUGUGUCCUCCAUCCCUAUGGAACACAACCCUUGACCCCUGACCUGUGACACUGUUGACCCUCAAGACUCGCCCAACAUUCUGUCCAGAGGACCUUGCCCACUUGAAAACUGUCCCACAAUGCCUCAACAGGGAGUACCUGGCUCACACUUCCAUUGCUUUGGGGAAGCAGAAAUGAUGAUAUGAGCCACAUGAACCUACUGACACAGCCAUUGCCAGAACUGCACCACCUAUUUAUCCACAUAUUCAUCCAUUGGGGUGUUCUUAAUCAAAAUCAAAUUAAUCAAAUCCUCUUUUUGUGUCACCCACAGUGGUUAUUGUGUGUGUCAGCAUAAACAUUUAUGUGUAUCACAAACAGUAUUGCACCAUACAAGUAUGUUAACCCUCAUGUGCAUUUCAUAAAGCAUGUGCAGCUGUAGAGGUUCAAGCUUUUCAUGCUUCAGUAAUUGCUGCUUCUUUUGAACCCAUAUGUAAAUCACUAUGCUGCAUUUUUUCAGGUAUUUCCCUUUUACAUGUAUUAUUCCUAAACAUAAGUCUGCAUCUUCAUUACAAAAAUAUAAGUCAAGAAAAAACCCUGUAGGAUAAGCACAAACUGAAACAAUGCAUUCCAAGAACUUGUUGUAUGUGACUGUUAGCAUCAUAUCAAAAGCUGCAAAAAGCUGACAGUACAUCAGUAUUCAAUAUGCUCUCUUUGUGUAGUUGACAGUGCUUGGAUGUAACUUCUAACAGAGUGAUCACAGUCAGCCUCCUCUGUGCUCUUUCACACUGACUUUGUUAUCAAUCCACAAAUGCUGAUUCACUUACAGCGCUCACUCAACUGCCAAAUGCUGAAGCCAGCAGGUCCCGACUGGAUAUGAGCUGAAGUCUGGGCAAAGAAUAAUGUGUAUCAUUUGAAAACAACUAGCGAUUGCAUCAUUGAACUUUACUUGACUUCUGGCUCUUAGAAAUAUAAACCCUCCAGGCUUUUUAUGCAGGGUGGAGUUUUUCACUUAUGAUCAGACUCUGACAUAAAGCCGAUGACGAGUGGUCAUAAUGAGGGAGCUCACUCACGGAAUGACUUUACCACACUGUGCAGUACUGAAAUAUAAAGGAGUCACAACAUGCAAGUUUGCCUGCAUUAGGUCUAAGUACCACUCUGUCUCUGAGGUUACAGAUGGAAGCUUUUACAGCCUGAAUUCUGCAACACUUCAGUCACAAACAAGAGUGAAAAAUGAUUCAUUUUUAUUUCCAUGAUUUCACAAGACUGUGCUGUACUGUCAGGGUGUUGCUGUUGUUUACUUAAAACAAAACGGACCUGUGGCGAAGAGAUUAAUCAGCAUUGAUAAGCAAUAUUGUUGUUUGUUUCAGACAUUUCCCCCUAAAAGCCUGCCUUUCAAGUCAGAAAUAAACUACUCAUACUCCAAUUUGCUUUUGCUUUCCUACGUGUUCUGUAUCCAAAGGCUGCAGAACAUGGACAUUGGUGAUAUCAUCUGGUUGGUGUUUGUGAAUGAAUAUUAAAACUCUGGGUUUGCUUGCUUCCAUGUGAAAGGAAGAAUAUUCAAUUUUUGUUAAAGGUGAGGAAGCCUGAGUGGAAUUGAGGUGGGGUGAGCAGGCAGUAAUUAUAAUGCCCAGUAGACAGCUGAGACAACUGUCAAUGUAGUAAACUCCCAAAAUAUGAUUCUCUUUAAGCCUUAAUAUCUGGAAAAGGAACAGAGAUCCUCAAACCCACCACUAAGGCCACUUAAUUAGGUACACCUGUUCAACUGCUCGUAAAUGCAAAUAAUGGGCUAAAGCAGCAGAAGACCACACCAGGUGCCACUCCUGUCAGCUAAGAACAGGAAACUGAGGCUACAAUUCACACAGACUCACCAAAACUAGACAAUAGAAGAUUGGAAAAACAUUGCUUGGUCUGAUGAGUCUGGAUUUCUGCUGCAAACAUUCAGAUGGUAGGGUCAGAAUUUGGUGUAAACAACAUGAAAGCAUGGAUCCAUCCUGGCUUUUAUGGUGUGGGAGAUAUUUUAUUGACACACUUUAGCACCAACUGAGCAUCAUUUAAAAGCCACAGCCUACCUGAGUAUUAUUGCUGACCAUGUCCAUCCCUUUAUGACCACAGUGUACCCAUCUUCUGAUGGCUACUUCCAGCAGGAUAAUGUGCCAUGUCACAAAACUCAGAUCAUCUCAAACUGGUUUUUUGAACAUGACAAUGAGUUCACUGCACUCCAAUGGCCUCCACAGUCACCAGAUCUCUGUCCAAUAGAGCACCUUUUGGAUGUUGUGGAAUGGGAGAUUUGUAUCAUGGAUGUGCAGCAGACAAAUCUGCAGCAACUGUGUGAUGCUAUCAUGUCAAUAUGGAGCAAAAUCUCAGAAAUUUUUUGCACCUUGUUGAAUGUAUGCUGCAAAGAAGUAAGGCAGUUCUGAAGGCAAAAAGGGUCCAACCUGGUACUAGUAAGGUGUACAUUAUAAUGUGGCUGGUGAGUGUUAAAGAUGAGAUGAGACAUCACUUUUCUACACUCUUAAAGAUAAAGGUGCUAACUAGAACCAUAGGGUUCUUUGGCUUGUCCCCUUUGCUAACCGAAUGGUGCAGUGGAUCUCAAAUCUACAGGAACGCUCAGUUGCAGAGCUAAUAGCAGGCUAUCUUUGUCUGUAAUGUGGAAGACCAAGAAAGACAAAAGUUAAAAAGCAGCAGCAUUUACUGCACAACAUAAUGGAGAAAUUAUGUCAUAAUACGGUGCUGUGCAGCUGCAGAUUGGUUAGAACACGUCUUGUCCACAUACCAUGCAAAGUCAAUGGUUCAACUUCACACUGCUGCUGUGAGCUGUAUUUGGGCUUCAGGAUUUUUUAUGCAAUUCAUUUCUUAUUAAGAUAGGUAGAACUUCAGCCCUUCAGGAAGAACUCUUCUGGAACCCUUAUUUCUAAGAGCUUAGGCCUGAACUUAAAGAAAACAAGGCUUAACACCUGCAGCCACACUCAAGAUCCAUUUUGGCAGUAGCAUCAGAGGAAAGUAUUUGAAUGUUCAUUCAAGUUUCAUGGCAAUCAGCUACUGCAUUCUGAGGUAUUUUGACCACAACUGCAAAUGUUGGCCUAAGAGUGGCUCUACAUUAAAGACUGAGCUCAUUCCAAAAUCAAAAUAUAGCAUAUAGCAAGAUCAUGAUGCUGAUAUAUUGCAGUUAUUCCUGUAUAUCAGGUGGUGGAAGAGUAAAGGCCAGAAUUGUUGUGUAUUUGUGUUUAAGCUGCAUGUGUGUUUGUCAAAUGAAUGUGUUUUUAUUUAUUUGGUUUUUUUGUCUUAUUCACUUGCCUUUUAUUUCUCUAAAUUUGAUGUGUCAAAGUGGUGAUCAUUUGCUUUUGUGCCUUUUUUUUUUUUUUUUUUUUUUUUAUAACUGUAUGUGAUCUGUGAAUAUACACGUUUUUGACUGAGAGGUAGCAAGUGGCCGACAAGGCAGGUUUGCAGGUCCAAUUUUCUUGGAUUUCCUGGAUUGUUCUGAGAGCAGUAAAUAAGUUUGUCAGUCAGGUAGUGUUCUGCUGAUGUUUGCCUUUCUCUAUCUCUGUCUCUGAUAUGAUACUAUGGUAUUUCAUGAUGUCUUAAGAUGCCAAAGAGUCAAAGAAGAUUCAAGAUGAGAGAUUUUGGGGUUCAAAUUCUAAAAAAACUGAACUGCAAAAUGCAUUCAUAUUACUCUGUAACCUUAUUUAAAUGUUUCUCCUGACCAUCCCUUGCUCUGCAGUGCUGAGGCCUUAAAUCCAACAGAUUUUGUGUUUAGUGUUUUAACCACUAGAGGGAGCAAAUGUAUCAGGAACAGUGACUCAUUGCAGUGGAUGUAAAGGGGACCCCAAACCUCUUUAAAGGGGACGUUGUGUUGUUCAUUCAUUCCCUAACUUUAAGUCUCCCAGUAAACAGGAGUGCCUAACACCAACCACAGACUCAGAGAGGUGACGCUAGGACAUAUUUGACAUCAUUUUUUUCACAUUCUAUCACCCCUGUAACCCAAAUAUGUGUAUUUGCUGACCAUAACUGUUGUUAUGUUGUUGUAUUAUUGACAGGGCCGUAACCCCAAAGUGUUUUAACUCUUUCCAUUGAGAUGUUAACAUCCUGCAGCUACUCACAAAUCACACAUAGUGUGUAUUCAAAUGCUUAUUCCAAUAUGGUUGUAGAUUUUUUUAGCACUGUGGGAAAGUCUUGAAACAGCAUUUAGUUCAUCAUUUUGAAGACAAUAUUUUUUGUAAAAUAAUUAUAAAUAUAUUUUUUUUUUUCGGUGACCAGAUAAAUCUUGUGUGAGGAUGUGGAUUUUCAGGCAGCUGACCACACAUAAUUACAACCUUGCACUAGCUGUUGGAUUUAGGAAAAGGGAACAGCCUUACCUCCACAGGCCUACUCAGCUUGAACUGGUCCUGAGCACCUGGUCGAGUCUUCUCUCUUCAUGGCAGUCGACCUUCCCAGUUACUUUGGCAAGCAUGGUGUUUCACGCUGACAAGGAAAAGCAAUCCUUUUGUUAACAGUUCUUUCUUAGCCAGAAGGAGACACAGACAGCACUCUAGCAAAAACUUAAAAGGGACAGUUCACCCCAAAAUCAAAAGCACAUAUUUUUCCUCUUCCCUGUAGUGCUAUUUAUCAGUCUAGAUAGUUUUGGUGUGAGUUGUUGAGGGUUGGAGAAAGCGGCCUUAGAGAUGUCUGCGGUCUCUCAAAUAUAAUGGAACUAGAUGGCACUCAGCUUGUGGUUCUCUUAUACUAGCUAGCUAACUAGCUCUGUGUGGCUACAAGUUGCAGACUGAUUGAUUGGUGGAUGUUGUGAUAUUAUUGGUUGGUCCUAGCUUAUGUAAGUAUGUCAUAUUUUGUUUUACAGGAUGACAACAUGAUUAGAUUUUGAUGUAAGACAAUGAAGAAAUUGAUUCUUUUGUCUUUUUUUUGGCAUAAAUCAUUAAAAUGGUGCAGAAAAUGUCUGGGGAUGUUAUUUAGCCACUCCAAGUAUAUGAUGGUCUGACUAAAACCAUGAACACAUCAUUGCCAUUCUCCACCUCAGCAGUGUAUGAUUUCCAUCUAGAUGCCCGUGAUGAUCA